CACCCUGUGCAGGCAAUGAUCAUCAUCAGUGUUACGGCUGCAUUAUGGCAGGAUUACAUGAAGACAAUGUUACCCAAAUGCAGGAUACGGGACAAUGAAAUUCCAUCCCUUUGUUGCAAAUAUAGACGAGGAUCAAGCAGAUUAUUAGCAAGAACACCCUGUUUUCUGAAAACAGGAGUGAGAGAUGGAGCAACCAAAGGCAAGAGUUUCUAUAUCUGUGGACACCGGGGUAGUUCACCGUGUGCAUUCACGCAGCUUGCUAAUAUCCCAGUAUCUCACUGUCUGAUACAUGAAGAUUCGAUUGUGGAACUUCAGGCCAUCUCUAGAAAAUCAGACACCAAGUCUUAUUGUUUAUAUUAUCGCUGUGUGAAAGGGAAGGCAGAUAAUCUGAAAUGGUGCGGAAAUGUUCCCUGGCAGCUGUCACCAACAGAGAGAGAUGUCCAUCAUGUUGGAAGGCAACCCCAUCAUCCUAAGGAGCGAAACCCUUUUAGAGUUCCAAGCGAGAAUCGGAAGCCAUUCACCUGGAAAGCUGAUACCGAUAACAAUAGCAGCCAAGAGACUGAGUUUGAAAGAAACAGGAAGCAUAAUGAGGAUGUAGGCGAAAGGUUGAAGUUGAAUGGUUUACCAGUAACUGAUAAGCAGGCAGCGGAGAAACCUCAUGAUGGGUUCAAAAUCAAGGAAAAGUCAUCUAGUGAGGCUGAAAAGCUUGCUGUUGUGGAUUCUGAAGGAACUCAAAAAGAAGUAAUUCAUCACUUUACAUAUGAUGCUGGAACAGAAGGAACUGACUCUAGUAAAAAGAAGGGUCACAAUCUACCAAAUUUCAAACCUUCUGGCCGCUUGGCAACUGACAAAGAAAAAUCAUCAGAGCCAUCCCAGACUACAAAGAGAGAUAAUGUUCAGUUAGGAUCUGAGAAAAAGCAUGUCCAUGAAGAAUUAUAUAAACACUCGUCACACCAUAGGAACACUACAACAACAAGCAGUGUACACUUGAAAGGUGAACAACUAAGGGUCAGGCAAUCAUCAAGCAAUAAAAGCAAAUGUAGUUGUGAAAAUGAAAAGCCGAGUAGCACUCAGGAGUGCUGCAUGACCAGGAUCCCCCAUCAAUCUGAACUAAAAGAUACUCGAGAAAACUGCUCAGAACAGACACAACGAACCAAAGUUGAAUACACUGCUACUGGAGACUGUUCAGUUAUUUAUACACAAAGCUCAGAUUCAAAUAGGAAAACAAAUAAAGAAAUUAAAUCAUAUGGACAAGUUCAUGCAGAGGUACCUGUUUGUAUUGGAGCAGAAAAUAACUGUACCAACUUAAAGAAAAAUACACUUAGCAGCCAGUCAGCAGAUGCCAAACAGACAGCAGUUGCAAGAAAAACAAAUAUCAGUAAUGGACAGAGAACAAUCACAAUGUUUCCUGGAUUAGCGUGCACAUCGGCACCCACAGAAACCAAGAAAACUGUGGCACUGCACAACCAGCUGACUGCUCAACUUAAACAGAAGAAGAAUACUCUGAGAACAGUGAAUGUUGCUGCCCUUCCUGACAAAGGUCAGAGGUUAAUAAAUCAAGUCAAAGACUUGGAGGAUGCUCUGAGUGCACUAUGCCUGUCCGCUACAGAUGACAGUGUAAAAGGAGAAGAAACAAGGAACAGCCAAAUCAAUCCCUUUGACAGAAGUGGCACCAUCUUAUUAAAUGAUCCUGUACCCCAUCAGGAUCCCAGAUCUGAUGCAACAGCUUCACAUUUCAAUGAUGAUUCUCCUCUGGGGUCAAGCCAGUUUUGUAACCAGGUGUAUAGAGCAAAUUCUCAGCAGAGCCUAUAUGGAGGACGGAUGACAGAGGAUCGACUCCUCACUGUCAAGCACAUGACCAGUGAGGCUAUUGAGCAACUCCACAAGUCACUGGAGUCUUGCCCAAAUACAUCUGAUGAAGCUGAAGAACCCCCCUAUCUCAAGGUCCCUCUGCUGGUUCAUCAGAAGCAAUCAUUGGCAUGGCUACUCUGGCGGGAAAAGCAAAAACCAUCAGGUGGCAUACUGGCAGAUGACAUGGGUUUGGGUAAAACUCUAACGAUGAUUGCACUCAUCUUAACACAAAAGUGCAAGGGGAAGAAAGAAAAAGGGAAAAAGCCAGAGGAGUGGGUCUCAAAAACUGAUCGCACUUUUGUGAUCUCCAGUGGCACACUCAUCAUUUGUCCAGCAUCUCUAAUUCACCAUUGGAAGAAGGAAAUCGAACGGCAUGUCUGUUCAAGGAAAUUAAGUAUAUACAUGUACCAUGGGCCAAAGAGAGAGCAAUCAACAAAGAUACUAUCAGAAUUUGAUGUUGUUGUGACGACAUAUAGCCUUGUUGCGAAGGAGAUCCCAGUGAAAAAGGAAAAAGGACAGUGUGCAAGCAAAGAUGAGGAAGCAAAUGCCUUGACUGAGGCAAAGUCUUCACAUUCUCCUCUGCUGAAGAUAGUAUGGACUCGGAUCAUCCUGGAUGAAGCUCACAACAUUAAAAACCCCCAAGUACAAACAUCAAUGGCAGUGUGUGAACUCCAAGCUAAAGCACGUUGGGCAGUUACAGGAACACCUAUUCAGAACAACCUGCUGGAUAUGUACUCUUUGCUCAAGUUCCUUCACUGUUCCCCAUUCGAUGACUUCAAGCUUUGGAAGAACCAAGUGGAUAAUGGUACAAAGAAGGGUGGAGAACGCCUUAAUAUUAUCACCAAAAGCCUUCUGUUGCGGAGAAUGAAGGACCAGCUUGACACUAAUGGCAAACCUCUGGUUGCCCUGCCACAAAAAUGUAACCGCUCUCAUCGACUAAAAUUGUCAGAGGAUGAGGAGGCUGUUUACAAUGUCUUGUUUGCUCGUUCUAGGUCGACCCUGCAGUCAUAUCUGAAAAGACACGAAGGCAAGGAUUACAAAGCUGAUUCAUCACAGGGCGCUGAUAACCCCUUCAACAGAGUAGCUCGAGAGUUUGGUAUUAAGUCUGUAAAUGGUGGACCUUCUGCCCAGGGGGUUUCUCACGCAUCAAGCACUGUCCACAUCUUAUCCUUGCUGCUUAGGCUUCGACAGUGCUGCUGUCACCUCUCUCUGUUGAAGACGGCUCUGAGUCAAACUGAGAUGGAAUCUGAGGGCAUCACCCUUUCACUGGAAGAGCAACUGAAUGCGUUAUCAUUGUCAGAGGUCACAACCUCUGACACCAAACCAACUGUUAUCCUGAAUGGCACCAGCUUCAAAGCACACCUGUUUGAGAACACCAGAAAAAGCACUAAGAUCUCUGCACUAUUAGAUGAAUUAAAUGCGAUAAGAAGUAGCCCAGAACCACAAAAAAGUGUAAUAAUUUCUCAGUGGACCAGCAUGCUGCAUGUGGUGGCAGGCCACUUGGAUCGAAUGAGUCUGAGCUACAUUACUCUGGAUGGUUCUGUAACUCCUAAACUUCGUAUGGACUUGGUGGAGGAAUUUAACACUAACCCUAAAGGACCUCAGGUCAUAUUGGUCUCUCUCUGUGCUGGGGGUGUGGGUUUGAAUCUCAUUGGAGGCAACCACCUUUUCCUGUUAGAUAUGCACUGGAACCCAGCACUGGAGGAGCAGGCAUCUGAUCGAAUUUAUCGUGUAGGGCAAAGCAAGGAUGUAACUGUGCACAGGUUUGUGUGUGAGGGCACUAUUGAGGAGAAAAUAUUUGAGCUUCAGGAGAAGAAAAAGGAGCUCGCAAAGAAGGUGCUAUCAGGAACUGGUGGAUCCUUUACCAAGCUUGCACUGGCUGAUCUUCGAAUUCUGUUUGGUGUUUGAGUUUCAAAGGAAACACAGUCCUGCAAUGUAAUUAUCAAACAUUUUAAUAAAUCACCGUCAAAGCUCAAAGCAUCUGUACAUUUGAGAAACUGGAAUUACUGGGUGUCAGAAACAUUUAUGUCUAACAUCAUGUGGAUGUUCUCGAGUAAUUAUGGUGUAAGUUACAAAGCCUUUAUAAGUUUAUGGGUCAUUUAUGUAUUUGGCAUCAGUUUCUCUGUUGCAGGAAUAAAAUACAAAACUGCAUCAUCUCAAUCUGAAGCCAAAGAUUUGUUACAUGAUUUCUGUUAUAAAACAAAAGGCUACUUUACUUCUAUCAAAGGUGGGAAAGCAAUUCCCAAUGAAAUUGAGGAUUUAACUUUGUCAAAGUAUAUAUGAUUUCAGUUUGAUCAGAACUUUGCUUUCUUAACUUGAUACAUUUUUUAAAGACUAAAUGUAAGAUGACAAAUUUAUCAUUAAAGUAAAUAAUUUGACUCUUUUCUGCAAAAUGCUUUGGAAAA